AUGCUGAAGAAAAUUCUAGCUUUCCUGGCAGCUAUGCAGUUGGCAAGCUUAUUUGAGAUAAAUGGAGAUAACCAGGACCAGCUGUAUUUUGCUAUUCAGGUAACGAGGCAUGGUGCCAGAGCAACCUGUAACCACAUUGAUUUUCCAAAUAUUACCACCCAUUAUUGGGAAACUCCUUUAGGCCAUCUCACAGAACAAGGGGAGAGGCAGCAUUACUUGCUUGCCAAGAAGCAUGAGAAGAGGUAUAGACACCAGGCCCAUCUGCUUAGCGACACAUUUGAUCCAAAUGAGAUUUUGAUUUAUUCUACUAAUGUUGACAGGACGAUAAUGAGCGCUUAUUCAGAACUGACAGGCUGGUAUCCCCUCGGCUCAGGUGAUAAACUUGCCAGGCAGGAGAGAUCUCAAAGUCUUCCUCCGUUUGAGGUCACUGGCCUUGAAGAAACUCUGAGCAAGCUUGAAGAUGAUGCCUUGUUAGAGGGUUUCCAGCCUGUUCCAAUUCAUAUGGGAGAAGAGAUUAAUAAAAUACUUAAAGGUCAGGACGAAGACACUUGCCCAAUCUUCAAAAAGCUUAAGGAAGAAGUAAUGAAGGACCCAGUAUUUCAACAAAGAAUUGAGCUCUACAGGGAUACAGUCGUUAAAAGCUUGAAGGAAGACUGGAAUCUCAAUGAUAAUUUCAAUAUCCAAACUGUCGAUCCCUACACUGAUAGUUACUACUCAGCAAUGUUCAAUUUGCGACUCAAAAAGGAAUUCGAUCUUGGAAGGGAAAUAGUCGAUAGGCUAAUAGCUGAUAGGUACAACUACUACACUCUUUUGACAGAUGAAAUGACCAGGCUUGCUUCAACAAAGUUUCAUAACUUUGUACAUACAAGGAUGGACCAGAGGAUAUACAGCACAGAUUCACCUCUCAGAUUUGUAUUCAUGAGUGCUCAUGACUCUACCAUUGCUUCGCUAUUAGCAGGCGUAGAGCAGAAGCAAGAGACACAGCCAUUCUUUGCCACCUCUAUCCUCGUUGAGCUCUGGAAAAAGGCAGGCACAGCUGGAGAUAAAGAUGAAGAUUUCUAUGCUAAAUAUCUCUAUGACGAUCAACCUCUCAACAUCAAUAAUUCCUGUGAUGACCAAGGCAGAUGUGAUUACGCUGGUUUCAAGAAUUACCUCAAAAGCAGAGAAAUUGAAGGAGACUUUGACGAAGCUUGUGCAUAUACAGAAUCCUCCUCAACUACAAUGAUUGUUGCUAUCUCAACUUCAGCUGCAGGGCUUAUUGCUCUAGGAGUGCUCUCUUUUGUCUACAUGAAGAGAAGAGGGAAUAAAAACCAGCAAGAUUUCAACAGAUUGAUCAGCUCAUAACAAUCAAAACACUAAAAUUUCAAUCUUUGCUUAAA